AUGUGUAAUGUUGAAGUUAUGGUUGAGCAACCCCAAUGUGCUUCAGUUUACGAAGAACCUGUAUUGACUAGUGAACCACCUCCUACUAGAAUCGACAUUGCUCAUUUAAUUAGAGAUCCAAGCAAUCGUCCUCAAAUUUGGGAAUACCCGGUUAAUCAACAAGAUGAAAUUCGAAGGGCAUACAUUAAUUUGGGGCCAUAUCAACCUUUGAUGUCUGAAUAUCCGAUGACUGGUGAAAAACAUCCUCGUCGAUUUCAAUCUCACUGGUUCAAAAGUUAUCCAUGGCUUGAAUAUUCAGAGAAAAAUACUGCAUUUUGUUUUCCUUCCUAUCUAUUUUCAAGUAAGUCAUCUGGGAAGCCAGGAUCAGACACAUUUACUGUUAAGGGAUUCAAUUGUUGGAAGAAAGUUAAUGAUGGGGAGCGAGGGCAUGAUGAACGUCCAGAGUCAAAAAACCAAGGUAAUUUUCUUGAAAUGAUGGAACUUUUAGCAUCUUAUAAUGAGCAAGUAGGAGCUCUUGUUUUGGGUAAUGCUCCACAAAAUGCAAAAUACACCUCACAUCAAAUUCAAAAAGAAAUUUUGCAUGUCUUUGCUAGAAAUGUUCAGUCUUCAAUUCGUCAUGAGAUUGGUGAUGCAAGAUUUUGUUUAAUUAUUGAUGAAGCUCGAGAUGAAUCCAGAAGAGAGCAAAUGGCCCUUGUUAUUAGAGGUCAAGGGUAUGAUGGCGCUAGUACUAUGCGUGUAGAAUGGAAUGGUUUGCAAGCUUUAUUCAUUAAUGAUUGCCCAUAUGCAUAUUAUGUACAUUGCUUAGCUCAUCAGUUACAAUUGGCUCUUAUUGCUGCAGCUAGAGAAAUAUCUGAUGUUCACACUUUCUUUCAGAAUUUGAUCUUUAUUAUUAACAUUGUUAGUGCUUCUUGCAAUCGUAAUGAUGAUUUACGGGCUUUACAAGCAGCUACAAUUGAGCAUCUAGUUGAUAUUGGUGAGAUUGAAACGGGUAAAGGAGUUAAUCAAAAUGUUAUGGGAAUUACUGAUAUGCUUUGUCAAGCAUUGCAACAAAAAUCUCAAGACAUUUUAAAUGCUAUGCAUUUGGUGACUAGCACAAAGACUUUAAUUCAGAAGUUAAGAGACGAUGGUUGGGAAACUCUUUUAGAAGAAGUGACAUCAUUUUAUAAGCAUCAAGACAUUGAAGUUCCUGAUAUGGAUGCUUGUUUUUUUAGUGUGGGACGAUCUCGUCGUAAAACAAAAUCAGUAACAGUUGAGCAUCACUACCGAGUUGAUAUAUUUACAGCUAUCAUUGAUCAGCAAUUGCAAGAGCUAAAUAACAUAUUCAAUGAGCAGGCGAUCGAGCUUCUUAAAUUGAGCACAACUUUAGAUCCUAGAAAUAGCUAUAAAUUAUUCAAUGUUGAAGAUAUAUGCUUACUUGUUGACAAGUUCUAUCCUGAAGAUUUUUCUGACCAAGAAAAAAUUCAUUUGAGAUUUCAGUUGCAACAUUAUGAGGUUGAUGUUGAUUCGGCUUAUCUUGACUCUUCCUAUUUCGAAAGCAACUACUGA